GAUGGCUACUACAACCCCACGGCGAAUGCUGGUUUUCAAGAUCCAAAAGAGACUCUCUGAAUUGAGAUUGAGCCAGCUUCAAGCUUUUGCAAGUGCAAUGGAUGAUGGUGAAGAAAGGGAAACUCUGGCUAAUCUGACUGAGCUAGAACUUUAUGACAUGAUUGUUGAUUACCUCAGAGGGGAAAGAUUGAGAGACCUCGAAGAUGAAGGCAUGGCUCAACUCCUCUAUCUCGAAGACCUACAGAAUCACCUGCUGUUCGACAGAGAUGAAGGAUCCAGAAUGACAGAAGAGGUGCCAACUCACCAGGUGGAAAAGACGACAUCUACUGGCCAACCAGCCGCCUCGGCAUCAUCAGCCAAGAAUAGAGACGUCCAGAUAUCAACACCUACAACGGACAACAACUCUCAUUCACCGCCACAUCGGAGCCACCUCAUCACAUCGCCAGUGCAUCUGGACGAACAGCCACUGAAGAUAUCAGCCGCUAAUGGCACAGAGGUUCCCUUUGACGGGUGGGCUAUUGUCGAACUCCAAAUACGCAGUGAGAACCAUGGACAUGCUGAAAUUCAGGUGCCUCUUUUGAUCAGUCGUAAUGGUGUUAACUGUGCUAUUCUUGGGAGCAACGUCAUCACUGAGAUUCUCAAAGAAAACAAAGAGCAUGAUGCAAACUUCUGA